UCGUGAACAUGGCUACUCGUAAAAAAGACAACGUGAUUGCUGAAGAACUGGAAUAUUUUCGUGUUAUAAACGAACGAAGUGUAGAUGCCAUUUCUUUGGAUUUUUUUUACAAACCGCAUACAAUAACUCUUUUGGCCAUUUCAAUUUUAGGUCUCGUAUAUACUGCAUUUACAAGGAAUGAUAAUUCUCACAAUGACAAUAUUCAAGCAGGAUUGUGUUCAGUUGUCUUUUUCUUUCUUAUUAUCAGUGUUUUAGCUUUUCCUAACGGUCCUUUUACAAGGCCACAUCCUGCAAUAUGGAGAAUGGUAUUUGGUGUGAGUGUUUUAUAUUUUAUGAUGUUAUUAUUUAUAUUGUUUCAAAGUCGUCAGGCUGUACGACAAAUGAUGAUCUGGUUGUUCCAUGAUCUACGAGACUCUGGUCCUGAUACCAAGGAAUAUGCUGUAAAUUGUUCCCAGAUAACAUGGGGCAGACUUUACUCAGGUUUAGAUGUUUUCGCUGUGUCACAUUUUUUGGGCUGGACGUUGAAAGCUAUAUUAAUACGGCAUUAUGGGAUAUUAUGGACAAUUAGUAUUAUGUGGGAGUUAACGGAGGCAGCAUAUGCUCAUUUGUUGCCAAAUUUUGCUGAAUGUUGGUGGGAUUCAUGGAUAUUAGAUGUGUUGCUAUGUAACGGAUUAGGGAUCUGGUGUGGCAUGGUUCUGUGUCGCCGUCUGGAGAUGAGGAAUUAUCAUUGGGAGAGUAUUAAAGACAUUCAUUCUGCUACUGGUAAAUUACGUAGAGCUGUAUUACAAUUCACACCAGUCAGUUGGACCCAUGUACGAUGGCUUGAUCCAAACUCUACCAAGAUGAGAAUUAUAGCUGUCUGGAUGUUAAUAGUAUUUUUCCAGCUGGUGGAACUGAAUACAUUUUUUCUGAAGCAUGUUUUUAUGGUUCCUCCUCCUCACAUGUUAAACGCAAUUCGUCUUGUAUUAAUCUGUCUUAUAUCAGCACCAUCUAUCAGACAGUAUUAUGUGUAUGUAACAGAUACUCAGUGUAAGAGGGUGGGGACACAAUGUUGGAUAUUUUGUGCAAUAACUCUAACAGAGACAUGUGUUUGUAUAAAAUUUGGUUUAGAAUUAUUUAAACAGACAGAAUACACAUAUGUUAUAUACUGGAUUGUAACACAGAUGAUUGGUAGUUUUAUCUGUAUAUUUGCUAGUGCUAGAUAUGGAAGAUAUUUGGAGAAAUGGAAGAUGAGUGAAGAUGAGGAUGAAUCAAUUGUUAAAGAUCAGAAAAACGUUAACCUUAGUAAUGGUAAAUCACGCAAAUCAGGGAAAUCAACAUUAAAACGGAAAGAAUUAACGGGCCAUAUGAAGAAUUCAACAAACGGAACUGUUGUACGGCAUCGUGAAAAUAGUCACGGCACAUCGAAUGGCGGACCGACCCCAUGAUGUACUUGUUGAUCUUAUUGUUUUUAUUUAUUUGAUUUUGUUUUUUUUUGUUUUUUAAAAUGUACACAUCAUCAGAUCAAAACUAAAAAAAAUACCCAACCAAAAGGCUUUACAUUGUUUAAAGGUACUCUUUCAAAUUUAUUGAUUUUAUCAUAAUGAUAUGGUAUUCUGAAUAGAUUUGUGACACCAUCAUUUCAUAUAACCAUUACAACAGAUGUAAGAUGAAAAAUAUCUCAAAUGUGUCUGAAUGUUGGCUUAAUGAAUGGCACAAAGUUUUUAUUUAAGAAUUAGAUCUGUAAACAUAUUAUGUGAUAAAAUCGAUAUUUGAUUGGGUUUUGUUUUUUUACAUAAAUCAGAAAGAGUCACUUCAAAUAUUUAUGCAUUUGUUAGUUUUAAUUAUUUAAAUUAUAUUUAAUAUAUGAAUGACACGGUUAUAUAUGGUAUUACCAUAAUGGAAUUGGAUCCUCCAACUGGAAUGGGCUUUUCCAAAUGGAAUAGUAUAUCCCAAAUAGUCUCACAGAAAUGUGAUCCUAUUACCUCAAGUCUAAUGGCAUUCAAAUAAAAUAAAUACUUAUCCCUUAUCUGGAAUGUUAAGGACCAGUUAGCUAUAAGUAGUGACAAAUGUUGUGCAUGAAGCAGGAUAUGCACAGUUUCUAAAACACCUGAACCUAUUUUUCACUAGCUAAUGAAAUUAUGUUAUUCUACAUUUAUUUUCAAAACUAAAUGCAUGUAGGAAGUCAACCAGUUUACAUCUUAGUUCUUAUGUCACUUCCUUUUUAAUGUAUGCUUAUGUUAAAUCAUCAGAAUGACACCAGAUGGUGCUAAAUCACUAUCUUAAAAAUUGACCCACAUUCUAGAGAUGAUAUUAAUUUGCAUAAACAACAAGAAUACUGUAUAGGGGUAGAUACAGUUAUAAAUAUUGUCAUUCAACUAACCAGGAAAACUUGGCAUAUAUACUGGUAGUUUGAAUUUGGUUGAAAAAAUCUGAAUUAACUCAUGCAACCAAACCUGCCAUAGUUAUAUUACCCUCUAACAAUAAAUUUAUAAAAAAUAAUAAGAGAAGUUUUACCAUUCCAUUAAAUUCCAUUUGUGUAUAAAAUCUUCAAUUAUAUAUAUGUAUGCAGUAUUUUUUGAUAUUUCAAAUUAUAGCCUUAAGUUAGUAGGGCAGCCCAUCUUCAUUAGCCAAAUCGGUGCAAAACAGUAGACAGUGGUAAGACAAUAUCUGUCAUUUGUUAUUACGGUAUUGAUAUCUAGUACACUGUGAGUCAUUUUUUAUUAAAUAAUUGAUAUCUAGGACAGUAUCAGUCAUUUGUUAUUACAUAAUUGAUAUUAAGGACUGGUUCAGUCAUUUAUCAUUAUAUAAUUGAUAUCAAGGAUAGUAUCAGUCAUUUGUUAUUACAUAAUUGACAUAAAAGACCGAUUCAGUCAUUUAUUAUUACAUAAUUAAAAUCAAGGACAGUAUCAGUCAUUUAUUAUUAUAUAAUUGAUAUCAAGGCCAGUAUCAGUCAUUUAUUAUUAUAUAAUUGAUAUCAAGUACAGUAUCGGCCAUUAUUAUUAUAUAAUUGAUAUUAAAUUGUGUACUACAUUUAGAAUAUAAUAUAUUACUAUUUGUUUAAGAUCUUGGAAUGAUCAGAUCUGAACACACAUCUUGAAUGAUAUGAAUAAUUAGAAUAGUAUUACCCAUAUGUAAUGGUAUCAUCCAUAUAGAAUAGUAUUAAGUUAGGAUUAUUCAUUUACUUAUUCAUGUAGUUUAAGAAAAAUUCAUUAUCCUCCAUUGGUAUCACCCACAUAAUAGCACCCAUUUAGUUAAUUGAAUGCUUAAAAUUUUAGAAAUCACCCAUUGGUGUGUGUAUCACUUAUCUAGAAUGGCAUCACUUAUCACCAUUAUUUAAAUCAAAAAAAAAAAAAAAAUAGAACAC